AUGCCACUGCCCCCGCCCGGACGCGCCGCCCUCGGCGCCCCAAGCGCCCGCGUCCUCGGCCCGCCGACUCGGUCCGGGCCGCUGCUGCGGCUGCUACUGCUGCUCUGGGCGACCGCCGCCGCCACCCAAGGCCACCCGAGGAGCGGACCCCGCAUCUUCGCAGCCUGGGAAGACCGCGAAGGACAGAAGCAGGUGAACUUUGACCAGAUCGAGCCGCACACAGUGCUUUUCCAUGAGCCCGGCAGCUCCUCUGUGUGGGUGGGUGGACGCAGCAAGGUGUAUCUCUUUGACUUCCCCGAGGGCAAGAACGCCUCCCUGCAAGGAACGGUGAACAUUGGCUCCACCAAGGGGUCCUGUCAGGACAAGAGGGACUGUGAGAACUACAUCACCCUCCUAGAGAGGCAGGGCGAGGGACUGUUGAUCUGUGGCACCAAUGCCCGACGCCCGAGCUGCUGGAGCCUGGUGAAUGGCACCGUGAAGUCCCUUGGCGAGAAGAGGGGUUAUGCGCCCUUCAGCCCCGAUGAGAACUCCUUGGUUCUGUUUGAUGGGAAGGAGGUGUACUCCACCAUCCGGAAGCAGGAAUACAAUGGGAAGAUCCCCCGGUUCCGCCGCAUUGAGGGAGACAGCGAGCUCUACACCAGUGACACUGUCAUGCAGAACCCGCAGUUCAUAAAGGCCACCAUUGUGCACCAAGACCAGGCCUACAAUGACAAGAUCUACUACUUCUUCCGGGAGGACAAUCCUGACAAGAACCCCGGGGCCCCGCUUAACGUGUCCCGUGUGGCUCAGCUGUGCAAGGGCGACCAGGGUGGUGAGAGUUCCCUGUCAGUCUCCAAGUGGAACACCUUCCUGAAAGCCAUGCUGGUGUGCAGUGACGCCACCACCAACAAGAACUUCAACAGGCUGCAGGACGUCUUCCUGCUCCCUGACCCCAGCGGCCAGUGGAGGGACACCAGGGUCUAUGGCGUUUUCUCCAACCCCUGGAACUACUCGGCUGUCUGCGUGUAUUCUCUUGGUGACAUUGACAGAGUCUUCCGCACCUCCUCGCUCAAGGGCUACCACUCAGUCCUUCCCAACCCUCGGCCUGGCAAGUGCCUCCCAAACCACCAGCCGAUACCCACGGAGACCUUCCAGGUGGCUGACAGUCACCCCGAGGUGUCACAGCGAGUGGAACCCAUGGGACCGCUGAAGACACCACUGUUCCACUCCAAGUACCACUACCAGAAAAUAGUCGUCCACCGCAUGCAGGCCAGCCAUGGGGAGACCGUCCAUGUGUUGUACCUAACCACAGACAAGGGCACCAUCCACAAGGUUGUGGAGUCGGGGGAACAGGAACACAGCCUUGUCUUCAACAUCAUGGAAAUCCAGCCCUUCCGCCAGACAGUCGCCAUCAAGGCCAUGACGCUGGACACUGACCGGCGGAAGCUAUAUGUGACCUCCCAGAAGGGGGUCAGCCAGGUGCCCCUGGACCUGUGUGAAGUCUACAGAGGGGGCUGCCAUGGCUGCCUCAUGGCCCGAGACCCCUACUGCGUCUGGGACCAGGGCCACUGCGUCUCCAUCUACAGUGUCCCAAGGUCUGUGCUGCAGUCCAUUAAUCCAGCUGAGCCACAUAAAGAGUGUCCCAACCCAAAGCCAGAUGGGGCUCCGCUGCAGAAGGUGUCCCUGGCCCGGAACUCGCGCUACUACCUGAGCUGCCCCAUGGAGUCCCGCCAUGCCACCUACUCGUGGUUCCAUAAGGAGAACGUGGAGCAGAGGUGUGAGCCCGGCCACCAGAGCCCCAACUGCAUCCUGUUCAUUGAGAACCUCACGGACCAGCAGUAUGGCCACUACCGCUGCGAGGCCCAGGAGGGCUCCUACCUCCACGAGACCCAGCACUGGGAGCUGUUGCCCGAGGACGGCACCACAGCCGCGCACCUGCUGGGCCAUGCCCGAGCCCUGGCCGCCUCCCUGUGGCUGGGUGUCCUGCCCACCCUCAUCCUCAGCCUGCUGGUCCACUAGGGUCUCCUGGGCCAGGCUUGCCUCAGGCUUCUGCAA